UCCCAUCAGAAUGUGGGAUUACUGUUGAAUGAGAUGACAGGCACCUGGAGAUGGAGAAAUGCGCCCCCUGUCCUCCAUCAUCUUGAGUGGCAUGGAGGGAGGGAGCUGCACAGACGCACGCUGCAAAACAGCCACUCAGUGGUUAAAUGGUUUAGCAUCACUCGUAUGCACGCGCGCACACGCACGUUGUGGACUUCAUAAGCAAGGCGCCGCUGCCAGCCUGCAUCCUUCGGAUCCAUCCGUGGCGCGCAGACGAUGGCACUGGCCGACACGGAGCGCGCAGCGUCCAGCUGCGGGGAUCCGAGCGCCGCGUUCUCAGACAUCAUCGAGCUGAACGUGGGCGGUCAGGUCUAUGUGACCAGACACAAAACUCUCAUCGCGGUCCCCGAUUCCCUCCUGUGGAACAUGUUCAGCAAGAAGUCACCCAAGGAGCUGGCGAGAGACAGCAAGGGGCGCUUCUUCCUGGACAGGGACGGCUUCCUGUUCCGCUACAUCCUCGACUACCUGCGGGACUUGAACUUGGUGCUCCCGGACUACUUCCCGGAGAAAAGUCGGCUCCAGAGGGAGGCGGACUUUUUCCAGCUGCGCGACCUGGCGAAGCGCCUCAGCCCGCGGGUGAGUAAGGACAACUCCAUCUGCGAGGAGAUCAGCCAGAGCGACCCGGAGGACGGCGGGCUGCAGGGCUGCUCCUCCUCCGACACUUUACGCGCGGCGUCCGUCAGCGGGGCCAUGCGCUCCCCGUCCCUGGACUCCAGGAAAUCCGGCUACAUCACCAUAGGAUACCGCGGCUCCUACACCAUCGGCAGGGACAUCCAGACUGACGCCAAAUUCCGGAGAGUGGCGCGCAUCACCGUGUGCGGGAAGACCUCUCUGGCCAAAGAAGUGUUUGGAGAGACGCUGAACGAGAGCAGGGACCCCGACAGGCCCCCGGAGAGAUACACAUCCCGCUACUACCUGAAGUAUAAUUUCCUAGAGCAGGCGUUUGACAAGCUGACAGAGGCGGGCUUCCACAUGGUGGCCUGCAGCUCCACAGGCACCUGCGCCUACACCAGCAAUGAUCCAAACGAGGACAAAAUCUGGACAAGCUACACUGAAUAUGUAUUCUGCAGAGAAUAACCAAGAGGGGGAGGGCUUCUUAUGUAAAUAUAAACAUCACAAUCUAGCAGGAGGAUGCAAGAAACAAUAGAAUACAUCAAAUAUUCCCAAAUUAGAUUCUGUUUUUCCGCUCUAGAGGCUGCCCUGGAUGUGGAGGAAAAGACAGCCUCAUUUGAAUUGACUUUCAUCCAAAGCACUACAUUAACAUGAUCUUCAUUUCACAGCUUCUCCUUCAUAGCUGACUCUGCUGUGAACUGAGCUUCAGUUAGUAUUCAGUGUCCUUUCUAUGCGUGUCAGGCCAGAUUUUGUAGAAAAACAAAGACAUUUCAGAGAAGUUCUUUUGGUUGUAAGUGUACCUGUUGUGUUGUGAUAUGUUCAGAUGAAAUAAAGUCCUUUUACUCUUGCAAUCUAAGGACUGACACAUGGGAAUUCGCCAUGGGUUUCAUUCCCAGGGGGUUUGACGUGCUGAAUCCAGCGUGGGUCCUUUUUUUUAAAAAUCCUUGGGAUGGUCAUGAAUGUAGAAGCCGGCAGUCAUCCUUGGGCGGCUGGGGGCUCUUGAUGUGAUCGGCGGGGGACAGUUACACAUCGUCCAAUCAGUUGUCCCCCAAUUUCGUAACGGUGUCAUCCCCAUCUGUCACUGGAUUGCCCCCGUGUGACCUCGAAAUGUACUUGGGCGCCCACUGACAGAUUUCAACUUUUAGAGAAAAAUUGUCAAAAUGUUAACUUUUUCCUAAAAUCUACGUGUAAAAAUGCGACUACAAAUGCCACCUGCCAUAUUUGAUGAAAAACUCAAGAGAAUCUGGCCACAGAGGCAAAAUAUGUACCUCGAAAAUUAAUAGCCGGAAGUCCCUCCCCCUAAUGGAGCCGGCCGUCCUCACUAGCCGGAAGUCCUCAAUCGGAACCCCCAUUUUAAGCUUUUGACCUAUUUUCCCUUUGACAUACCGUAACUGCUUAUGUAAUCAACGGAUUUACAGAGAAAAAACAGCACUUCGUCGGCUAAACAGGUUUUUUGUAGUUAUACAAAUGUGAACACUUGUUAAUAUGGAGUUGAAAGAAAUAAAACGAUUAACUUUCUCUGUCCGA